UUUAAACAAUACGUUUUCAUGGAGAAAUGGAAUCAAACUUCAAAUGAUUUCAUUUUGUUGGGACUCUUUCCUCCAAAUCAAACUGGUUUGCUGCUCUUACUCCUUAUCAUUCUUGUAUUUUUUCUGGCCUCUGUGGGCAACUCCGCCAUGAUUCACCUCAUCCGUGUGGAUACUCGCCUGCACACACCCAUGUACUUUCUCCUCAGCCAGCUCUCCCUCAUGGACCUGAUGUACAUCUCUACUACAAUCCCCAAGACGGCGGUGAACUUCCUCACUGGUCAAAAAGGUAUCUCUUUCCUAGGUUGUGGGGUACAAAGCUUCUUCUUCUUGACAAUGGCUUGCUCUGAGGGCUUACUCUUGGCUUCCAUGGCCUAUGACCGCUAUGUGGCCAUCUGUCACCCCCUCCACUAUCCCAACCGCAUGAGUAGAAGGAUGUGUGUCCAGAUGAUUGUAGGAUCUUGGAGCUUGGGAUCCAUCAACUCCUUGGCACAUACAGUGUAUGCACUUCAUAUUCCUUAUUGCCGGUCCAGAGAUAUUGAUCAUUUCUUUUGUGAUGUCCCAGCCAUGUUGCCUCUUGCAUGUAUGGAUACCUGGGUCUAUGAAUAUAUGGUUUUUGUAAGCACUGGCCUCUUUCUCCUCCUUCCUUUUCUUGGUAUCACUGCUUCCUAUGGCAGAGUUCUUUGGGCUGUCUAUCAUAUGCGCUCCAAAGAGGGUAGAAAAAAAGCCUUCACCACAUGUUCGACACAUUUAACAGUUGUUACCUUUUAUUACGCACCGUUUAUUUAUACCUACCUUCGGCCUCGGAAUCUCCGCUCACCAGCAGAAGAUAAGAUUCUGGCCAUUUUCUACACCAUCCUGACUCCCAUGCUCAAUCCCAUUAUCUACAGUCUAAGGAAUAAAGAAGUCCUGGGAGCCAUGACAAGGGUGUUUGGGAUAUUCUCUUCCAAGAAAGAAUAG